AUGUCCACCCGCGCCGACAGUGUGCUGGAUCUAAUCAUUACAAAUGUCCACAACCAAUAUCAGACACCGACUACCAUAGCACCCCUCGGAGCAAGUGAUCACAACUGUGUGAUUUGGAAACCCCAAAUCCAUCAAAACCACUGUGAGCCCUCCAGAACCAGGCACCGCCUGGUAACACAGGAGAGAAAGGACGCUCUAGGACUGUGCAUGGCGAUCACGGACUGGUCCAGUGUGUACAGCGCAAGCACAGUCGAGGACAAGGUCACCACCUUCUACGACAUCAUUCAAACCAUGCUCGACACCUGCAUACCUUUCAGGAGGAAGAAGACCAGAAACGUUGACAAGUACUGGAUGACCGACACAAUCAAAUCGGCACUUCAAAAAAGACAAGCAGUCUACCUGAAGUAUGGCAAAACAGAGCGCUGGAAGAAACUCCGGAACCAUGUACAGACUCUUAUCAGGAAGCAAAAACGAUUUUACUACAACAGGUGCAUUGGAUCGCUGAAAAAGCAAAAUCCCCGGGACUGGUGGAAUUUUGUAAACAACGAACUAGGCCGCACUCAGAGAUCAAAACGAAAGGUCACUCUCACCAACAUCCCAGAGAAACAAGUAGCAGAUCACCUAAACAACUUCUUCGGGGAGGCGAUGUCAGUCAGCAACACCUUUGCUCUGUUCCCACUCCCACCCACUGAUGACUCCUACGAUCUCUGCAGCAUUGGCCAAGUAAAGACAUUGUUAAAAAAUCUAAACCCAAGGCAAGCCUGUGGUCCCGAUGGUGUACCAAACUGGGUUCUGAGCCAGUUCUGUGAGGACCUCAGUCCGGUCAUCUGUCAUCUGAUGAACACAUCCUACAACACGGGCAUCAUGCCGUCUGCGUGGAAAACUGCAAACAUCUGUCCCGUACCCAAAACAACACACCCUACGUGCAAGAAGGACUGGAGGCCGAUCUCUCUGAUCUCUACACUGGGAAAGGUGCAGGAACGUCUCGUGCUAAACAAACUCUUCCCCAUAAUGAAACCAUGGAUCAAGGAUCAGAAACAGCGUGUCGCCGCCAACGGUGAAUUCAGCAGCUGGCACGACGUCACUUCUGGUGUACCCCAGGGGGGAGUCUUGUCACCUUACCUAUUCCUGGUGUAUAUGUCCUCUCGAACUGUCAAACACGAAACGACCACCAACAUCGGUUAUGCUGAUGACAUUGGAUUGUCUCGUUGCAUCCCCUGUAUCACUGCUGAAUCCGACACCACCAUGCAGGAAGAGGCUACCCACCUGGACUCAUGGGCAACACAAAACAACAUGACCAUGAAUGGCGACAAAUCGUACGAGCUUAGGAUAUGUUUCGCCAGAAUACCACCUGACCUCCCUCCACUUACUCUAGGAGGAAAGGAGGUAACAGUCGUUACAUGUGCUCCCUACCUCGGUUUCAAGAUCAGUUCCAACCUUAAGUAUGACAGCCACAUUUCUCACGUGACGGGAAAAGGCUCUCAACGCUUGCACUUCCUACGUCUUCUUGCCAAAGGUGGUAUGCCUGCUGAGGAUUUAACAACAGUGUACACAACCCUCAUCAGACCGGUACUGGAAUAUGCAAACGUUGUGUACGUUGGGUGCACCAUCUCACAGUCAAACACCCUCGAGGCAGUACAGAAAAGAGCCAUGAGGAUCAUUCACCGAAACAGUGAUGCCUCCUGCACGACUACCCUCCUGCCAACUCUCCGGUCCAGGCGUGAAGAAGCAGCAGUGACACUUCUAAACCAGAUGCGCGCCAGUGACCAUCCGCUACACUACAUGGUUACGGGGAACAGGCAACAGCAGACUGGACGCACACUAAGGAACUGCAACCAGCUCACACUACCGGCGUGUCGCACUGAGCGACUUAGAAAGUCGUUUUUGUAUCAGGCAACAUCUCUGUAUAACAAGACUUUGUAG